AUGCAUGUAGCUUCUUGGCUUCUUGGGUGUGUUGCUUCGUGGCCCCACGAGCCUUUGAUCUCCAUCAUGGCAUGGAAUGGCACUGACUUUGUCAAGGAGCUAGGGGACAUCGAGAAGCUGCUUGCUUUCAACCCAAACCAGGGUCUGCAGGAGGGGCUGGUCAAGGCUCUGUUGACAAAGUGUGAUCACAGCCAGCUGACUGCUGGCGACUAUUGUGCCAUGCUUGAGAAGGUUGACCACAGUACCUUGACAGAUGAGCUGAAGACCAUAUUGAAGGAUUCGCUUUUGCUUCGUGCAUCCACAGGUACGACAAACGAAGGUGGGUCUGCCAUUGUGAAGACACCACAGACCUUGGUCAAUCUCCCCGCCUAUUUGACCAAGGCUGAGAUGAUGGAUGUAAUGCAAGGAAACUUGUAUGACGUUCCCCAUAUCAUCAUCAGAAGGUUGUCUGCCCUCGGUGUGAAGUCUCUCAAAGAAACAACGAAGCGGGCCGCCGUCGCAUUAAUCGUACAGUCCAUCAUGUGGCACGGGAAAAGCAAACCCAGUGCCGACGAAAUAUAUGGUCUGGCACAACAGUUCGGCCUCUUGUUCGCUGCCCACAAGCCCUCGGGCUGCAUGGUUUCGGGCUUGAAGAAGUACCCACACCUCCCUACAGACCUGGACAAAGAUUGGCUGUCCAGAGCCUAUCCCAAAGACCCACCUUCGAUGGUAGAUCUCCCACAGCUUUUCGAGCUAGGAGCCCAGUGCCCGAUGCGAUCCACCAGCAAGCUCCUUUCCAGUUGCUCGAAAAAGAAGCUUCAACCCUUGGUGGACAAGGUUGAGGACCGACUCCUCGAGUUGUUCAAAAGCUUGUUGGGUGGCAACUGGCAGGCCGCCCUGCAGGGUGGCAAAGAAAGCUCGAGCAGUGGUGCCAAGAUCACUUUCUUUGACCAUGUGAAGGAUGGCAACCAUGGGCCAGGCGACGGCAUGCAGGGCUUGUCUAAGGAGGAUGUAAGCAAGCAGCUAGCUUUGCCACUAACGAACCAGCCGUCUGCAGCUGCAGCAGCAGCAGACCCGCCUGCUUUGCAGCAGAAGGGGCAUGCAGCGGGCUCGGGUAACUUGUCGUUGGAGGAGUACGAGAAGCAGGCAAUGAUCGAGGUUGAAGAGAAGACCAAAAAUGGGAGGAAUUCCAACAAGCAGGGCACCGGCAAAAAGGACAAGAAUCCCAUGAAGAAGCAGGGCACCGGCAAAAAGAACAAGAAUCCCAUGAAGAAGCAGGGCACCGGCAAAAAGAACAAUCCCAUGAAGAAGCAGACCACCGGCGACAAGGACAAGCAUCAGACGAAGGCGAAGAAAGUGAUGAAAAAGCCUGCUGCUAAGAAAGCUGCAGAGGGCUACGGUUGCAAGCGAUGCCGAGGUAGCGGCUGUGAUGUUUGCGAGAACCCGAACUUUGCGGGGAUGAGGUUGGUUGGUAGAGAAGCUUGGAAGGCUUAUAUGCACCAGCAAAAGCGAAAGCUUUGCUAG